UGGGAAGUCAUUUCUGAUGAACAUGGUAUCGAUGCUUGCGGGACUUACAAAGGCGAUUCAGACUUACAAUUGGAAAGAAUCAAUGUUUAUUACAAUGAAGCUACGGGAGGUAAAUAUGUUCCUCGCGCGGUUCUUGUCGACUUGGAGCCUGGAACCAUGGAUUCUGUUAAAGCUGGUCCAUUUGGACAGCUUUUUAGGCCUGAUAACUACGUCUUUGGUCAAAGUGGAGCGGGGAAUAACUGGGCCAAAGGUCAUUACACCGAGGGCGCGGAGUUGGUGGACUCGGUACUAGAUGUGGUGCGCAGGGAGACUGAGGGCUGCGACUGCUACGUCUCAGUCACAACUGAAGACUGCAAAAAUAUGGCUUUCCUUGACUUCUGUGUAAGGUCUUGGAAAACAGUAUUUCUAAUUGGACAGAGCUCCAACCCCAAGCUAAAUGACUUGGUUCAUCAGGAAGCAAGCAUCUACAAAGACAUCGUCAUAGGAUCUUUUAAGGAUACAUAUCGCAACCUUUACAUGAAGAUGGUGUUUAGCCUCAAAUGGCCACUGGACCAAAAGUGCCAGGCUUCUUACAUCCUUAAGACAGAUGAGGACUGUUUUGUUAAUGUAGGCAAUCUUCUUAACUGGCUCAGCAACCACCAUUUAGCCAAUGGGACACACCCACUUUAUGCCGGUAGAGUUCAGCUAGGCAUGGAAGUUAUAAGGGAUAAGGGAAGUCGUUACUACGUCUCUGAGAAAGAUCAUCCCGCCGAGAUAUUUCAGCCUUAUGUGUCCGGUGGAGGCUAUGUUUUCAGUGGAAGUCUGCUGCCAUCACUUGCUGAAGUUUCACAGAGUUCGCCGCUUUUUCCAAACGAAGAUGCGUUGCUCGGCUCUCUAAUGUAUCGACUUGGGGUGUCAGACACCGUUGUAGAACCAUACAACGCCACCUUAUCAGUUCACCAAUUGGUGGAGAACACGGACGAGACAUUCUGCAUCGAUAACGAGGCUCUGUACGACAUCUGCUUCCGGACACUCAAGCUGACCACGCCCACAUACGGGGAUUUGAAUCAUCUGCUGUCUGCUACAAUGAGCGGAGUAACGACUUGUCUCCGCUUCCCGGGACAAUUGAACGCAGAUCUCAGGAAGCUGGCAGUGAACAUGGUCCCAUUCCCUCGCCUACACUUCUUCAUCCCAGGCUUCGCGCCGUUAACGAGCCGCGACAACCAGCUGUACCGUGCGAUGACUGUGUCCGAGUUAACUCAACAAAUGUUCGAUAACAAGAACAUGAUGGCGGCGUGUGAUCCGCGGCACGGCAGAUACCUCACAGUGGCCGCCAUGUUCCGCGGAAAAAUGUCCAUGAAGGAAGUCGACGAGCAGAUGAUGAAUGUUCAGAAUAAAAACAGCACGUAUUUUGUGGAAUGGAUUCCAAACAACGUGAAGACCGCUGCGUGCGACAUACCUCCGCGCGGGCUCAAAAUGUCUGCGACUUUCAUUGGAAACAGCACAAGUAUUCAAGAACUAUUCAAAAGGAUUAGUGAGCAGUUCACGGCCAUGUUUAAACGUAAAGCCUUCCUGCAUUGGUACACUGGCGAAGGGAUGGAUGAGAUGGAAUUUACUGAGGCCGAGUCUAACAUGAACGACUUAGUGUCUGAAUACCAGCAAUACCAGGACGCUACUGUCGACGAAGAAGAAUUUGAUGAUGAGGAAGAAGAAGAAGAAGCAGAAUAACUUUUCUCUCAAAUCAGUGAAUUUUACGUUUUCCUAAAAUAUUUUUCUGGUAGUAAAUUUCCUAAAAAUUUUCUCUGGUUUCGCAGCGUUUGCUGACAAACUCUCUUGAAACAUGCGGUCACGUUAACUGAAUUAUAAAGUGAAAUCCACAAGAAUUAAAGACCUAGUGAGCUUGAUAAUUACCCGUGAAAGGCUGAAAAAUUAAGACAGCGUCCACACAACAUGUACGCCGGAGAAAUUUGAAAACGCAGCUUUAUUUCUACGGUUAGUCCUGUCUUCCACACUAAUCCGU